CCACCAGGCUUUCGAGGCGCCUCUGCAUCGCUAGGGCGCUGGCACACCUGGAGACCUCGUGUUAAUGUGGCCUGACGUUCGCCCUUAAUAACCAUCAUCGUCGUCAUCCGCGACCUCCCCAUCAUUCCCUCCAGGUAUUUUCCCUACUUGUGGAAGUAUUGUAACAUAGCAUUCCUUUGUUGUUCUUCCAGAUUCCAUUAUUAAGAAUUACAUCAAAUUGAAAAGAUAUGAAUGAACAUCCUAAAAAAAGGAAAAGGAAGACUCUUCACCCUUCUCGUUAUUCAGAUUCUACUGGAAUAACCAAAAUUGCAGAUGGAUUCAAUGGAAUUUUCUCUGAUCAUUGUUACAGUGUCUGUUCUAUGAGACAACCAGAUUUAAAAUAUUUUGAGAACAAAGAUGAAGAUUCUGAUCCAGAGACAUCAAAUGACUUGCCUCAGUUUACCGAAGGUAUUAAAGCAAGGAGCAGAAAUCCAACCCACUUGGUUCCCAGUCCUGUGCUCAGGAUCCUAGAUCAUGCUGCCUUUUCUGCAGAGAAAUCUGCUGAUAUUGAAAUCUGUGAGGAAUGCGACUCCCCAGAGUCGGUUCGCCAGCAGCUUCGUGAGGAGAGCCCCAUCGAGGUGCGCACCGCUGAAGAUGUGCCCAUCGCUGCCGAGGUGCACGCCGUCUCCGAGGAUUAUGAUGUCGAGACUGAAAACCUGUCCUCUGAGAGCCUCCAGGACCAAGUGGAAGAGGAACCCCCCGCUAAGCUGUGUAGAAUGCUGGACAAGAGCCAGGCUUUGAAUGUCACUGCUCAGCAGAAGUGGCCCUUACUGAGAGCAAACAGCAGCGGUCUCUACAAGUGUGAGCUGUGUGAGUUCAACAGCAAGUACUUUUCGGACUUAAAGCAGCACGUGGUCCUCAAGCACAAGCGCGCCGACGCCGCCAAUGUCUGCAGAGUCUGCAAAGAAUCCUUCUCGACCAACAUGCUCCUGCUUGAGCACUCCAAACUGCACGAGGAGGACCCCUACCUGUGCAAAUACUGUGAUUACAGAACGGUGCUCUUGGAGAGCCUGAGCCAGCACAUUGCCGACGCCCAUUUCAGCGACCACCUGUACUGGUGCGAGCAGUGUGACCUGCAGUUCUCCUCCAGCAGCGAGCUCUAUCUGCACUUCCAGGAGCACAGCUGUGACGAGCAGUACCUGUGCCAGUUCUGUGAGCACGAGACCAACGAUCCCGAGGACCUGCACAGCCACGUCGUCAACGAGCAUGCCUGCCGACUGAUGGAGCUGAGCGACAAGGAGAGCGGUGCCGGCGAGCACGGCCACUACAGCCUGCUCGGCAGGAUCACCUUUGACAAGUGCAAGAACUUCUUCGUCUGUCAGGUGUGUGGUUUUCGAAGUAGACUGCACACAAAUGUGAACAGACACGUGGCCAUCGAGCACACAAAAAUUUUCCCCCAUGUUUGUGAUGACUGUGGGAAGGGCUUCUCGAGCAUGUUAGAAUACUGUAAACAUUUAAAUUCACAUUUGUCUGAGGGGAUUUAUUUAUGCCAGUACUGUGAAUAUUCCACAGGACAGAUUGAAGAUCUUAAAACUCACCUAGAUUUCAGACAUGCAGCUGACUUACCUCAUAAAUGUAAUGACUGCUUAAUGAGGUUUGGGAAUGAGAGGGAACUUCUAAGUCACCUUACAAUCCAUGAGACAGCUUGAUUGUUUUUACCUUAAUCUACAGAGUGUUGGUGUAAAAUAAUAAAUUCAUCUUUUAUUAGAGAUUAUAAAAUUGAUGGUUUUAAUAAUGAUACCGCUGAGGGUUAUAGCAGAUUUAUUUAUUUAUUUAUUUAUUUUGGUGGAGGGUUUUUUCUGGUUAGAGUGGAGAUUUUUCAGCAUGAGGACAUCUUAAAUGUGCUGCUGUUGUUUUUGUUCUACUAGAAUUUGGGCAGCCUGUCAAUGGCCCGUGCUCUUAGGUAUCGAGAAGAGAAAGGCAGGAGCUUGGAGGCUUGGGGUGGGAAGAUAAAUAGGCCAUUAUUAUCUUUUAGUAACUUUAAUUGCCUCAGCCUUUUUGAAGAUACAAAAGUAAACAUAAUUCUUCACUUAUCCAGCAUUUCUAUUGGAAAAAGUCAUCCAAGUACUUAAGUACAACAGGAAUAGGCAUGUUAGAGGCAGAGUGAGUGUGUGUGUGUGUGUGUGUGUGUGUGUGUGUGUAUACGUACAUAUACACACCUGUAUAUAUAAUUAAACUAUUUCUAAAAUGAGGACCCAGAUCUUCUACUUACUCUCCCUUCCAGUCUUCAUUCCCAAGGCAUUCAGAUAGCUCUUCCAUCUCAAUCUACAAUUAUAGAAGUGCUCUUAGUUGUGGUGAUAAGAAAUUAUUCUCUUGGUAGUUUCUUUAAAAAAAUAAAAAAUAUCCUUCUGUCCCAUUCCCCUUGGCUGAAUUAAUUUACUCCUCCAAUAAGAAGAGUGUAAGAUUAAGAUUUAUUUUUGUUUGGUUUGGUUUGGUUUUUUUUGGUUGUUAGUUAGUUGUUUGUUAGUGUAGAAAUCUCUCCACCAGUACAAAUUCACAACUUGUUUGUGACUCUUUAGGCAGUACCAAGAGCUAUACUAAAACCCUACAAUUAUGUAAGUGUAACAAUACCCGAUGAUAAAAUGAAGAAUGUUUCCUAAAAGAGAUUGCAAAGGUACUUAAUUGAAGCUCUUAAGUCUUUGAGCAAUGAUAAACCAAACAAAUGUACUUCAUAGUCUUCUGGUUCAACAUUGUUGCCACUCACACAGCCCCUAGUUUUUCUACACCACAGUUGGCUCUUGGUUUCACAAACCAACUCCAUUUUUUGUGCAUUUCUACCUGGGUAACAUGUUUUCUGGUGUCACCAUAUAUGGUGCAUCUACUUAGCCACCUUCAGUUGCAAAAUCCCAGCAUCCCAGUGGCUUCUUAGAAUCAGGGACUUGGCAUUUCAGUGUUACAGUUAAAUCCCACUUUAGUAAAGUAAUUUACCCAAAGUGACGGGGCAACUAAAUGUUAAAAUCUGACCCAUAUUUCUUGCUGUGCUUUCUCAUGUUCUUUGCCCAUUCCACCUAACUUUUGAUCACUUUUGGUACCCUGGCUUCAUCCAUGCCCAUGCUUGUCCAGCCCAAUGAAACUGAGUUAUAGGGAACAGCACGUUAAAAAUGGUCACAUUAGUACUUUGUAUUUUUGUGUACUGCUUUUUGGUCACAAACUAUGAUUUUCUUGGUGAUCAGGUACUUGACACUGAAUAAGUGAGGUUUAAGUAGAAGAACCCAUUGGAAAAGGCUUAAAAAGUAUAAUUAAGUUACAGACUUUCUGAUGAGCCUACAACUGAGGCCCUCACUAUCAGUGUCAGAAAGGGCACUCUUGGCAUUGUCCUAAUUUUCAGUCGAACUGUCAAAUUUUAUUUGACAAUAAGCUGUGGACAUAGCCUAAGAUCCACCAGUUGCUUUCAGAUCCAUAGUUUUUACUUAGUUAAUUUACAAUUAUUUGGAAAACCAUACUUCUUUUAUUUUUCCUCUGAAUGCAGACCUACUUUUUACUGUGCUCAUUUUUUCUUUGGCCACAUUUCUAUUCCAGGAGCACGUGGUUGAUCAUGCUUUAUAGAAGUCAAUACAAAAGAAUUCUAACUGGAAUCUUGGCAGCAGAGGCAAGCAGUGUGAUGUGCUUGCUUAAAGAGAUCUUGGCUUAGCAUGUUGUAUCUCUCCCUCCACGAUGAAAUAGUUUUUGUUUUUUAAAGAGACAUUAGUUUUUAAAUUACAAGGAACUUCUGCACUCUGUGAGUUAAGGAAAAGCUCUUCUCACAAUUUUUAAGUUUACCAGUUAAGUCGUUAGGUCUCAAUUUUGGCUACUGUUGAUGUCUCAUUAAAUCCUGGUGAGUUUCUUCAUGUGCUUCAAUCAUCUAGGUAGUAGAUUAUAGGUAUAUAAACAUACUUUUGUUUUUAAGCAUCAUACAACAAAAUAGUAGGAAAAAACUACAAAACCCUACAUUCAUCAUCUCAGCAUUCUAUCAGUCAAAUAAUAAAAUACAAUAAGGGACAUGAUCUGUCUGUUUUAAAUCAGCCUUUUUAUAAGAUUCUCUUUUAGUUACUGAAGAGUUUGAAAGCAAUGUUUCCCAUGUGGCUACCACAGUAGCUUCUGACUACCUGUUCAACCUGAACUGCUGCAAUUAAUAAGUUAAAAGCACUGGUGAUAUGUAAAUUAUGUAUAGCUUUUAUAAAAAAGCAAUCAAAAUCAAAGAUCUUUAGAAAUCAGAAUGAGAUUCUAGACAAAGGAAAGGUUGAUUAUGGUCUUCUUUUCUGAUUUUUGCCAAGGUUAAAUGAUCUGAGAGUAUUUGCUGUGUCAUUGUUUACCUCUUAGUUAUACAUUCCCUCUCCCGUUAUUAAAUGUCCAUGUCCACCCCCGAUAAUUGUCUGAAUUUCUGAAAUGUAGAAAUGAAACUAGACUUAAAAGGAUUUAAAUUUUCUCACGUCCAAUUCUUAAUUUCAAUUCCAGUGAAUGAGUCUUGAGAAUUUACAAGUGUGAAACUUUUAUAUUUUUAAAAUUCUGCCUCAUCUUUACUUACAUUUCAUGUAAAAUUUUUAUACUGCCAUAGUUUUCUCUUUGAACAACUCUUAAUCCAAAAGUAAGGGAACUAGAGAAAGAGCAUCAUGGUAAUUAAAGAGGGGAAAUGGCAGCUUCAAAGCUUGUACAUUUUCUAUAUGUGUUGAAUGUAUUUAUUAAACAACAAGAAAUUUUUAUAUAAAUCCAUAUUUAAAGUAUUUAUGCUGUGAUAUUGUCUUGUUAAUAUAAAGUUACAAAAAACAUAUGCUCAUAAUACUUAAUGUUUUUUUUAAGUUGAUUUUAAUCUUUUAUUUGUUGAGUUUGAGGGUAUGAUUUUCUCUAUAGCAAAACCAUUAUGUAUUAAAGAGAAUUUUCUGAACAGUGAAUUCUAAUGUGGAAGUACCAUGAACUAUUUUUGGUGAUGCAUCUUCUUAGAGGUAUUCUUACAAGUACUAUUCAUAUAAAACUACUGGAAGUUUGAGAAUGGAAACAACAAUACUUUUUUUUUUUUUAUUUACAGUAUAAAAAUAGGAAUUAUAAAAAAUAAAUAUGAAAAUGCUAGUUGUAGAUUACAUUGAAGCUUUAAUUGCUGAUUAGAAACUUUGCUAGUUUGUCUAGGCAUACCAAGAUUGUAUAAUUUUCAAAUAAAAUGGCCUUGCCCCAAAUAAAUCACAGAACACAAAGCAACCAUGAGCAAUUAGGAAAAUCUUUUGAACUAUGAUUGUUAAGUAAGUGUAUCAUAAUAUCAUUUCAUUUCUAUAAUUAGAAAAUUAAGCAUCAAUGAUUUCUAAAGGGAAUUUUCAACAUAAUAAGCUGUUACAAAGUAAUUUAAAGAAGCAACUCAUUUCAAGUUAUCGUAGUAUCUAGGUAGAGCAAUGAAUUUGGAGCCAAAGGACUUGAGAUCCUGACUGUUAUUUGCUCCUGUGUGAUUCUAAGGGAGCCUCAGGUUUAAGAGAUUGGAUGAUCUGUAAGGCUCCUGCAGCUUUCUUCCUCUUAUGACCUAAUAGCGUUUAUAAGACUCAAAGUUUCAAAAGAAACAAGACUAACCUUAUAUCAUGAGGAGGUGUAAUAUCAAGAUUUAUUGUCUAUUUGCAUGAUGAUCAGUCAGGAUCCAGAAACUCCUAAUCUUCAUCACUAGCCAGUUGGCAUCAACCCGUCAAAAACAAUUUCUGUAAAAUAUUUGAUUCAUUUGUUCCUAUCAUUGGAUUUAGAACACUGAUGAGUAGAAUGGUUGGAAUUACUAACCAACCUUGACUUUUUGUGACUGGUCAUUUUAGCCAUAGGCUUUACAAAGGCCUUCCUCUAGCAGUUCGCUCAGGCCUGCUUAGACUUCUUGUCCAGGACUCUUUCCAUCACUGGCCCAUGUCCUUUGUUCCAUUGUAUUUAGUCGCUACACUUUUAUCUUUCCCUCUCCUCCUUUUACCAGAUUAGAACCUACUUAAAUCUUCCUGCUUUCAACUUAAACUCUUCCCAGCCAUCUUUUAAAAAUUUCAGAAAUUUUCCAGAAAACUAUUUCCUAAUGAUUAGUUAUCCUUUUUGUUCUGAAAUUUUUAAAAGCUCUUUCCUCUUUCUAUUUUCUGAACCUCAUUCACUUUGUACCCUAUACCAUGCCAAAGACACUCGACUUGUAUAUUAUUAUGUAAAUCCAUACAGUAUUACAAACAUGUUUAUAUAAAAUAUAUAAUGUUUGUACAGUUUUGCCCUGCCAUGUUUAGAUAUGUCAAAUGUGUUCCAUUUUAGUUUGUGAGUAGUGACCUAAUUUGUUAAAUCUACAAAAGAAUACGAUACAAGUCUUAAUAAAAACUUUUAAAUGAUGAAA